CUUUAGUGGCACGGCGCUGUUUUAAGCAUGUAACGCAUCGCUGUUCGUUUUGAGAGAAAAAAAUAACAAAACAGAAGGGUUUUUUGGUGGGGAGGAGGCGACGUGCGCACGCGCACUCUACUCCCUGCGCCCCAACUCCAUUCAGGUCCAGCGCAUCAACUUAAGUGUGGAGCCCCACGCGCGCCCCUGCGUUACUCGCGCCUGCAUCUGCGCGCGUCCCCUGAACGCCACCUUUCUCCCCCACCCGCCCGCUUGCGCUUGCCUCAGUUGAGCGCUCCUUCAGCACUCGCUCCUCGUCUCUCCUCUCCUUCGCUGUGCGUGAGCAUCGUUCGUCUUUCUCACCAGAGCGCGCGACCAGAGAAAGCGAGAGAGUGACGGAGCGCGUGGGGCGCACCGGGACUGCGUGACACACUGCAAAACCCGCACAACACAACCGUGAUUUCUACUGGAACAACAGAGAGACAGUGAAAACACGCAUACGUUAUACGGGACGAUUUUUUUUUCUAACAAAGCAGUCUGAAAGCGGAAACUCAACUCUGAGCUCGCGAGUCCACGUCUGCUCGCGCUUCAUUUCCAGAAGAAGAGAUGUUCUCUCCGUUCGCGCCCAUUCUCCUGCUUGUCCUCUGCCUUACAGGAUUCGGAUCCUGCGCCGUGUUCAUUCAGCAGCCUCAUGACAUGGUUGUGGUUGCAGGGCAGCCUGUGACGCUACCGUGUGCCAUCACCGGAUACCACGGCAUGGUCCUGUGGGUCAAAGAUGGCCUUGCUCUUGGGGUGAACCGAGACAUGUCAGGCUAUCCACGCUACGACGUAGUGGGUGAUCACAGCAAAGGCGAGUACCAUCUUCUGAUCCAGAGGACAGAGCUUGCUGAUGAUGGAAGCUUUGAGUGUCAGGGCAUCCAGGCUGGCAUCAGGUCACGACCAGCUCGCCUCACUGUUCUAGUUCCUCCGGAUGACCCCGUGAUCAUCGGAGCGCCCGUGGUGAGUCUGAGAGCAGGUGACCCGCUCAACCUGACGUGCCACGCCGACAACGCCAAGCCGGCAGCCUCCAUCAUCUGGAUCCGUAACGGAGAAGUGCUCAACGGCGCCAUGUACUCCAAGACGCUGUUGCGUGACGGUCACAGAGAAAGCACGGUCAGCACGCUCUACGCCUCAGCAUCUAACAUCGAGAGCGGCCAGCGUAUCACCUGCCGAGCAUCCAACAAAGCAGCACCUAACGGCAAAGAGGCCACAGUCACCAUCGACAUCCAGCAUCUUCCUCUGGUGAACCUCACCGUUGAGCCGCAGCCGGUUCUGGAAGGAAAUCCGGUCAAGUUUCACUGCUCAGCCAAAGCGAACCCUCCGGUCACUCAGUACAGAUGGGCUAAAGGUGGUGCACUGAUCCGGGAAGCUGUGGGAGAAACUUAUGAGGUGGCCGUGGAUCACACGUUCUUCAGCGAGCCGGUUUCCUGCGAGGUCACCAACGCACUCGGGAGCACCAACAUCAGCCGCAACGUCGACGUCUACUUUGGGCCUCGUCUGGCAUCCGAACCUCAGUCACUACAGGUGGAUUUGGGCUCGGAUGCCAUCUUUAACUGCGCCUGGAUGGGAAAUCCCUCUCUCACAAUCGUGUGGAUGAAACGCGGCCACGGCGUGGUGCUUAGCAAUGAGAACACACUGACCUUGAGAGCCGUGAAACAGGAGGACGCUGGGAAAUACGUCUGCCGAGCCGUGGUUCCUCGAGUCGGAGUCGGCGAGAAGGUGGUGACUCUGACCGUCAACGGCCCUCCCACUAUCUCCAGCACCCAGACGCAGCAGGCUCUGUACGGAGAGAAAGGCCAGAUCAAAUGCUUCAUCCGCAGCACUCCUCCUCCGGAUCGCAUCGCCUGGUCUUGGAAGGAGACAGUCCUGGAGUCAGGAACAUCGGGGAGAUACACAGUGGAGACGGUGAGCACAGAGGAAGGCGUCAUCUCUACUCUGACCAUGAGCAACAUCGUCCCUGCCGACUUCCAGACCAUUUACAACUGCACAGCCUGGAACAGCUUUGGCUCCGACACCGAGAUCAUUCGCCUCAAGGAACAAGGGUCCCUGCGCUUGGCCGUCAUCAUCGGGGUCGCGGUGGGAGCUUUCCUGGCGCUCAUCGUGCUCAUGGGGACCCUGGGGGCUUUCUGCUGCGCUCGCCUGCAGAGGAAAGACAUGCACCUGGUAAUGUCCUCACUGCCCGUCUCGCUCUCUGCUCGCCAGAGAGAACUCGCGAGCACAAUUAAGCCUGAAAGUCUCAAAGGGGUCGUCUCGGCAAAAAAUGACAUCCGGGUGGAGAUCGUUCACAAGGAUCAUAACGCAGCAAGGGAGACGGAGGAGCACACGGGCGUGAAGCAGAUGAUGAUGGAGCGCGGGGAGUUCCAGCAGGAGUCUGUGUUGAAACAGCUGGAGGUUCUACAGGAAGAGGAGGAGGAGUUCCAGCACAUUAAGGACCCGACCAACGGCUACUACAGCGUGAACACCUUCAAGGAACACAAUGCCACAACGUCAGCUGAAGUUCGCAACCCAUCUGGAGCAGCGACUCUGGGUAAACAGCGAGUCCCCACAGGCAUGUCCUUCACUAACAUCUACUCCACACUGGGAGCCGCGCCCAACCACCGGCUGUACGACUACGGCGGCCGCUUUGUGCUGGCCAUGGGCUCCAGCUCCAUCGAGCUGUGUGAGCGUGAACUCAGUGAUUCUGGAUCCUUCCAGGACGCCCCAUGUGACAGCAGCGCCAGCAGUUACUUCGACAAAGCGAGCAAGGCCUCGGCUUCAUCCUCAACGCACCACUCGCAGUCUUCAUCACAGAACUCGGACCUGACACGGCCGCUGCAGAAGCGCAUGCUCACCCACGUCUGAGGAUAAACUCGCAGGUUCCACCAGAGACCUUUAAGAUGUUCCAUGUUCUUUUGCUUGGACGAAGCAGAACAGGUGUAUAUUUUCUAACAAACAGCGUGGAGUUUUUUGUACGUUUUACUGAGCCAGUCGUUUCACGGUGAAGAGAAUUCUCAUCGUUUCAUGACAAUCAGGAUUCCAUUAAAGGUUUUUUUCUUUUUCAAGGAUCCGGAACAUUCCAUGACAAUCAGGACGCUUUCGUCACAUAUUGUAUGCUGUUUAUUUUCUCCCUGUUGUUGCAUUUCCUGAAUACACCAGAAUCACAUGUCAGGGAUUGAUUAGUGUCGCUGUGAUUGACAGAGUUGACAGAGUAAGUGUAUGCCCCACCCACCCAGACACCUGGACAUCAUCAGGAUUUAAACUGGCAACGAGGAGCUGGAUCGUAGCCACGGUUCUCCUGGACAAGAAAUUUGUCCCUAAAAUGAUUUGAUGAUUGUAUAUUUUUUCCCCUAUUUAGGUUCUUCAGUGUGACACUUUCCACAUGGGUUUAAAAACUCUUUUCAUAAUGCAUGGCAGAUGCAGAUAAACAUAAUGUGAUGUUUACAUAUCUGGGGUGGGAGAAAGAAGGAAAGAUCGGUGUCUGAAAUUUAAUCCUACUCAAUGUGAACUUUUAACUGACCUCAAGCGCUUAUUCCAAGUGUGUACAUUUUUUUCUACUUCAGCUUAAGGUGUGUUGUUUACACUCGAGCUUGUAAAUCCCGCCUUCCUGUACGAGUCUACUGUAACGUUGUCAGCUUGAUGGAUUAAUGGGAUUCUUUUCUUCUUCUUCCAUGUGUAUAUAUAUAUAUAUAUAUAUAUAUAUAUAUAUAUAUAUAUAUAUAUAUAUAUAUAUAUAUAUACACAUGGGAUACGAGAUGGACGUGCGUUUAAGGCCGCUGUUUUAAGCGAGCCCAUCACCACGUUACGCCGUUCGCUUGGAGCAUCAAGUGCCUCCUUUUGGGAGCCUCUAGGCGGAUAUUUAUAUUAAAAAAAAAAAAAAAAAACUACAGCGCGAAUUAAAAACUGAUCAGGUGGGUCAGAUAAUUCCUAGGUGAAAAGGAAGUGGUCAUUAAAACAACAAAAAAGGUGUAUGGUUACAAAAGGUGUAUGGUUACAAAAUCGUUAAAGCCAUGUUUUUUGGGUUUUUUUGUUCUGUAAAUAGACAUCGAAAGUGUGUGUACGGAGGUCAAAGGGCAACUCCGCCUGCUCUCUUCAUGUCUUAUUGAUGCCUUGCCAUGAAUAGUUCAUGGACUCUGUUCUAGUAUAUCAUAAAAUUGUUUAAUGCACAUGCAAGUCUCCAAUCGUAUAUGUAUAUAUAAUAUUCUCCGUGCUGAAUAUUCAUGCUUGAAGACGUUAUUUCAUUAACCUGGACAGACUCCCA